AUGUCUAGUCAUCUAAGAAAUCCCUACUUUUACACUCACUCCUCAUAUCGAUUCGUGACUUGCCAGCUCCGAGGAUACACUUUUAUGGCGGGCAAGGGCAAGCAACCGGCGAAGAAGCGCAAGGGGCGUACAGAGCGCAGAUAUAAGAACAAGGGAUAUGAGAACAAGAAAAAGGUGCGAGAAGGACUAGGACUGCCGGCCCAGUCCGCGUAUGAUCAAUGGAGACAGAAUGAGGCCAUGGCAAAACGAUGGUGGGACACGUUCGAACGAGACUUCCUGCAGACAGACCUUUUUGAAGCCGGCUCCAAGGGCGCCGAGUUCGCACACGUUUACAAGCAGAUCACAGUGGGUGAGCGUCUCGGUGCGGGCAUGUUCUCCCAGCUAGACGCGGGAAAAAAGUUCACCACCUCGCUCCAAUGGCACGCAUGGUUGUUGUAUAACCUGGCGCAUCAGAACAUUACUUAUCGAGACGGUUGCUUCUAUCAGAACGGCUCUAGCAAAAUCGCGAACUACAGAGCAAUGUGGGAUCAGAUUAAGGGAGAGUUAAGGGACAGAGGCCGGACAGCAAGGUCGAACACGCAACACAAGUCACCCAAUGCCAAGAGUGAUGUAGCCAUCCAAGAGCACGUCGAUACGAGCUCGAGCUCGGACGAAGAGGAAGAGCUGGACCCGAACACUGGUGAAGUUGUGGUACUAUGGCUCAACCAGCCAGAAGAAUCUGAGACAGCAGGCAUUACUGAUAGGAUUCGCGUCCAUGGAUUCUGUGGCUACAGUUUGAUGUCUUUCAGAUCUGAAGUUAUCCAACGAUUCAACUUGCUAGCACUGGGACACACGAUUACGUCGUUCUUCACGCGCGAGAAUGAAACCUUCAUCGACAUGAAACGAAAGGCCUCUCGGCAACCAAACGAAAGACUCUUGUACUUGAUGGAGACAGCCAAAUUGACGAGGCUGUACAGCUGCAGCCAUCAUGACAGCGCCUGA